CUGAACUCGGUCAUCGGAUAGCAACGUAAUCACAUUUUAGUUGUUUCCUAUUUUUGUAGCUAGUCUUCGGGUGCAUUUUUAUUGCGUUAAGAGCUGUUCUGAUAACUGUAAAAGAUUUAAUACGUUUUCUUACUGUUAGCUAUUCUGCCGCGAGGAGCAUUUCUUCAUCUCCUUCGUCCGCACAACCUUGCAUCGGUCUUGCUCGGUGCGAAGAGUCAUCGACGUACUUCGUAUACAACGUUAACGGAAAUCUAAAGGCACCAUUGUUAUUGCUGUCAACGUUGGCGUUUAUUUCGCUGGGGAAGGUGAUGCACAUUUUUACAGCUGUGUAGUGAAAACAUAUACAUCUCGGUUCUUUUUUCGUAAAUGAGACCAAUGCGUGACCUUGACUUCGGGCUUUGGGCAUUUUUUUAAAGAGUUGGAGUACUCUGAGACUACAAAUUCAACCGAGUAGGGAGAAGACUCGAGAAGCGGCAGAGUAAGAGAAAAACAGGAAAACAAUAAAAAUGGGCUACGACAACGUUAUCUCACACUUGGGGGAGUUUGGCCCGUACCAGCGAAAGAUAUUCGUCGUCAUCUUCUUGCCCAUGAUAUCCUGUGCCUUUCAUUUAAUGGGAGGAACUUUUCUAGCUGGUAGACCGGAUUUCAGAUGCCUAACGCCUGAGGAAAACCCGUACAAUGCAACGUACACGUCAAACACAACUCAACCAGUAUGGGAUAACGAAACGGAAGCCUGGACAUCGUGUGAAAGAUAUGAUCUAAGUCACCAAGUUCUGAACAAUACGCCUACGCCACCCUUAGUAAAGUGUGAUUCUUUCGUCUACGAUGAAAGCCAGUACGGGUUUACGGUGUCGACCAAUUGGAACCUAGUCUGCGAUGACGCAUGGUUGAAAGUAACGAGCGAAUCACUGUUCAUGCUAGGAGUGCUUCUUGGUGCACUGGUGAUGGGUGGAUUGUCGGAUAAAUACGGACGUAAAACGAUUUUGAUAUGGGGAUCGGUCUUACAACUAGUCACCAGCCUACUAGUAGCUGCUGCUCAGAAUAUGAUAAUGUACAUCGUUUGUAGAACAGUUCUAGCAACGUCGACCAAUGGGCUGUUUGUAGUGUCAUACGUUACUGCAAUCGAGACUAUUGGUCAAAGAACGAGAAAACCAGCUGCACUUGGAAGUCUGUUUUUUAUAGUAGGUUCCCUCCUGACUGUUUGCCUUGCAUACUUCAUUAGAAACUGGAGAAUGCUACAAGUAGCUUUUACCAUUCCCACCCUUGUAUUCCUUGGCUCAAUCUGGUAUAUUCCUGAAUCUGCACGAUGGCUGAUCACCAAAGGUCGCUUAGAUGAGGCGAAAAAGAUACUUCGCGAAGCGUCUGUAGAAAAUAAAGUGGAACUAACGCGAGACGCUCUGGAUAAUUUAUUGAAAACGGAUAACGAGAUUAGUGAAACACGGAUCAUUGAAAAAACCUCGAUAUACGAUCUUCUAAGAUAUCCAAUUAUCAGGAAAAGGAGUCUGAUACUGUUCUUUGUCUGGUUUGUGAACAACGCUACAUAUUACGGCCUGUCUUGGAACGCGGCCAAUCUUGCGGGUGACGUUUACGUGAAUUCCGGGAUUGCUGCUGCGGUGGAAUUGCCCGCCCUCUUGUUCAUGAUAUCCACGAUCGACAAAUGCCCAAGAAAGGUUGUUUUGUGUGGCUGUAUGCUGCUCGCAGCGACCUCGUUGCUUUCAACGAUUCUCGUUCCUAACGACAUACCGUGGGCGACCGUAUCUUUGGCGAUGAUAGGGAAACUAUCAAGCGCAGCCUCUUACUCGACCCUCUACAUUUUCUCGAUGGAACAGUAUCCCACCACUGUUAGAAAUAUCGGCGUUGGUGCUUCUUCGGCCGUCGCUAGGAUAGCAGGAGUUGUAACACCGCUGAUUAACAAUCUGUCUCAAAUUUCCGUCACCCUGCCACUUUUGAUCUAUGGAUGCGGUUCAUUGAUGGCUGGUCUGUUGCUACUACUGCUUCCGGAAACGGCAAAAAAAAAAUUACCGGAAACAAUAGAGGAGUUGGAAGAGUUUAAGGAAAAAGGAAAAACAAUAAGGAUGGGUUUUGACCAAGUGAUUUCGCAGUUAGGGACGUUUGGCCCGUAUCAGCGUAGGAUAUACCUUGCUAUGUGCCUGCCCAUAAUAUCCAGCACCUUUCACGUGAUGGGAGGGAUUUUUCUAGCCGGUAAACCGGAUUUCAGAUGUUUGACGCCCGGUGAAGACCCGGAAAAUGCGACUUAUCUCAUACAACCGGAUUUGGCAAAUGUUACAUAUCCAUGGGAUCGCGACACGGGAACUUGGUCGCGAUGCAAGAGGUACGAUUUAGAUUACGGAGAUCACUAUGAAACCCGGAGUGAUGAUCUCAAUUCAUCAAUGCCUUCUGUUGUGACAUGCGACUCCUUUGUUUACGACAAAGACCAGUACGGGGUUACGGUUACAACCAAGUGGGAUCUAGUCUGCGAUAACGCAUGGUUGAAAACUGCAAGUGAAUCGCUAUUCAUGCUGGGUGUGAUGGUGGGAGUUCUGACUUUCAGCACAUUGUCGGAUAGAUAUGGUCGAAGGACGACUUUGAUAUGGGGCUCAAUAGUGCAAUUAAUUUCUGGACUGCUCAUAGCUGUUGCUCCUAAUUUCACAGUGUACGUAAUUGGAAGAACGGUUGUUGCAACAACGACCACUGGAGUGUAUUUAACCACUUAUAUUGCUGCAAUCGAAACAGUUGGUCCAAAAAAGAAACUGCUGACUGGUAUUAGCGGAAUAUUUUUCAUCAUAGGUGCUCUUCUAAGUAUCUGCUUCGCGUACUUCAUCAAGAAUUGGAGGAUCUUACAGAUUGCCUUUGCUACUCCAACUAUCCUUCUUCUCGUAUUCUCGUGGUCUGUUCGUGAAUCUGCACGAUGGCUACUGAGCAAAGGUCGUGUGGAAGAGGCGAUAGACAUCCUUCGCAAGGCAUUUAUUGAAAAUGGUGUAGAGUUGGCGCCAGAUGCGUUAAACGGUUUUUUGGAAAAUCACAGUGAGGAUAAAUCAGGUACCAAAAAGUACUCGGUCUUUGCUCUUCUGAAGAACCCGAGCAUGAGGAAAAGGACUCUCAUACUGUUCGUUAUCUGGAUCGUAAAUAAUUGUACGUAUUACGGUCUGUCUUGGAUCACGCCGAACCUUGGAGGCAAUGUUUAUUUAAAUUCUGGAAUCUCUGCCGGUAUGGAUUUACCCGCAUAUGUAUUCUUGGUGUGCAUAGUUGACAAGUGCCCAAGAAGGUUUAUCUUGUGCAGUUGCAUGUGGCUUGUCGCGAUUACAUUACUCUCUACAUUUUUCGUUCCUACCGACAUGGGUUGGCUGGUGAUAACUCUGUCUAUGAUAGGAAAAUUGAUAAUUUCGAUAUCAUACACGACCAUAAGCGUCUUCACAGCGGAACAGUUUCCCACUGUACUCAGGAAUACUGGUGUUGGUACUUGUUCGGCUAUGGCUAGAUUAGGUGGAGUCGUAGCGCCGAUGAUUAACGAAUUGUCUGAAAUCUCAGUGGCCAUACCACUUGUAACUUUUGGAAGCUGCUCGUUGCUCGCUGGUCUGAUAACACUCCUUCUUCCGGAAACGUUGGAAACAGAGUUACCGGAAACGAUACAGGAAAUGGAAGACUUUGGAAAAAAGAAAAGUAAGACUGAUCGAGAAUUGGAUGUCAUCUUAUCGAACGCUAGUAAGUUGAAAGCUUCCAACAACCGACAUUGGAAGAACGACGAGACAAAAAAUUAUUAUUAUUAAUAAUGGAAAUGUUUAUGGAUAGCGAACCUGCUUAUACUUACAAGGAAGGUAUUCCAGGUUGAUCUUUGCAAUUCGAUUUCUUUUGUAAUAUGUUAUAGCAGACUAAAAACUAAGCGACGCAUACAUUUUUU